AUGACUUUCGAGUGGGCCCUUCCCCAGGCCCAGGCCAGAGCCUCAGAGCUGGAGGUGAUCUCCCAGCAGGUGGAGGAGGACAACCAGUGUCAAAAUCCGGUCCAGCUAGGCAGCUUUGCUUACAGAGACCUGCCUCUGGCCGCACUGGACAUCUCCCUGGCCGGUUCCCAGCUCAUCUCCAACCUGGACGAAGAGGACAACAGAGAGGGGUCUAACUGGCUGAAGCCGUGCUGUGGGCGGAGGGCAGCCCCGUGGCAGGUGUGUCUGCUAAGUGCUGGCUUUAACUGUUUCCUGGUCGCCUGUGUCAUCCUGGUGGUGGUGCUGCUGUGUCUGGAGCUGCUCAUCGACACCAAGCUCCUGCAGUUUAACAACGCGUUGCAGUUUGCCAGCAUUAUCCACUGGAUCAGCCUGGUCAUUCUGUCUGUGUUCUUUGCUGAGACGGUGUUCAGGAUUGUGGUGCUGGGGAUCUGGGAUUACAUUGAGAACAAAGUGGAGGUGUUUGAUGGUGCAGUCAUAGUGCUGUCGCUGGCCCCCAUGGUGGCCUCAACGGUGGCCAACGGCCCCAGCAGCCCCUGGGACGCCAUUGGCCUCAUCAUCACCCUGCGCAUCUGGAGGAUCAAGAGGAUAAUCGACGCCUACGUGCUGCAGGUGAAGGUGGAGAUGGAGAUGGAGAUCCAGCAGUAUGAGAAGGCCAAGGCUGUCAGGGAGGAGCAGCUGGAGAGACUCACCCAGAUCUGCCAGGAGCAGGCAUUUGAGAUCAGGCAGCUGCGGGCCCAUCUGGCUCAGCAGGAUUUGGACCUGGUAGCAGAGCGAGAGGCUGCCAUGCAGAUUCACCAUGUGUGGGGCAAGCAGUGCAGUAUCUUUCAGGAGGUGGACGGCCUAGCCCCUACAGGCCCCGAGCAGCGCAGCCAGGCUAAAGCCAGGGAGGCAGCGGGCCCUGGAGAUCAUGUUAUUCAAGACGACAUGAACAACUACAUCAGCCAGUACUACAGUGAGGCAAGCAGUGAUAUUGGAAUCCCAGAUCCAGCUCGUGUCAUCACCGCAGCCAUAGACAUCCAUCUUCCCAACAACCCCAGCCAGCAGCCCUCGUCUCUGGUGAGUGCAGACGCAGCGUCCAUCCGCCUGCAGCAGACAGGCGGCUCUGUGAGCGAGGCCUCCAACGCCACCAUGUCCCACUCCAGCUUCAGCGCCCGCCAGCACAGCAUCAGCAGCCACACCCUUGGCUCCACCACCGACUGCAGUUCCACCGUCCGUGAGGCUUCCACCUCCACAGACUCCUACAGCGGCCAGCGCUGUUACCCCCCACCCUACUGCAGCCCCCUGGCCCUGGGCACACAGCCUGGCCCCAGAGGACACCCCAGCGCCGUGGUGCAGGAGUUGCUCUCCUCGCUGUCUGAGGACUCCUGUCUGGGCCAGAAGGGCCUGGACCCUGUCAACCUCAAAAUGCCCAGCCCUGCUGGCUCCACCAAGACCAGCCCUGAGCUGGAGCACAGGCUCAACAUCUACAACAAGAGGAACCAGGAAAGCCGGGGAGGCUUCCACACCAAGCCCCUCAUCCACCUGCAGGCCAGCGAGCCCUUCAUGGAGAAGUACAGGCUAUCUCAGGCAGAUGCCCCCGUCAACCGUCUGCCUGAGACAUAGGAAAGGGCUACAGGGGUACUGUAACUCUCAGACAGCACUGGCUCACUCCUCAAAGACCCUCCUGAAACUCACUAACACUAAAGACAUGCACUCAGAGGCCUCCUCCACUGGCAUACAGCCAUCCUCCUCAUCGCCAAAAGCACCCUGGAAUUGUGAAUGGUGGCUCCGCCAGCAGCGCACAUCUUCCAUGG